GUAUUAAUCAGGAUAGCUCAACAUCUGGGUGAGAUCAACGGCAUCGGAUGCGUGAAGCAUCGUUUUCAUGUGCUCCAUGAUACAGAGAAAGAAAGAAAGGUGGUGGAACAGAGGGAAUGCAGAAGAAACGUUCAUGGCGUUUGGAGAGAGAAGGUGGGUAAAAGUAGGGGGAGUCAAAUGAGUGAAGGGAAUGCGACACUUGUUAAGAGACUACUACUAUCUCCCACUAGACUCUAGCGGGACACUUUGACAAAAACCCUAUUUUUGGCGGAAAACCCUAAUUUUGUUUGCUUGAAAAUUUUUUCAAUGGCGAAGAGAUCGUUAGAGAUAAAAAGGGAAUACGAAAGACAAGAAGAGUAUGAAACGGAGGAUGAAGUGGGAGAAUCUGAAAAUGAUGAUGAAACUGUUGAUUAUGGUGGUGGUGGUGAUGGAGUAGAGGAGGAAGAGGAGCAGGAGGAGCGGGAGGAGGAAGUGGAGGACAGAAGAAAAAGGGCGUUGAUAAGGAUAGUUUCGGGGCAGAGAAGGGGAGUUCCGUCGAAUACGCUGUGUUGUCAGGCCGAUGAUUGUGGUGUGGACUUGAGGGCGGCGAAGAGGUACCACAGAAGGCACAAGGUCUGCGAGCGACAUGCUAAGGCGGCCUUUGUUUUCCUGGGCGGCAUUGAGCAGAGGUUUUGCCAGCAGUGUAGCAGAUUCCAUGAAAUUUCUCAGUUUGAUGAUACCAAAAGAAGCUGUCGAAAGCGGCUGGCUGGACAUAACCAGCGCAGAAGAAAGAACCAACCGGACCCUCCUCACACAGAGGAUAGACGGAAACCACCGAAUUCUAAAAUGAAUGCUAGCUCACUCAAGGCCACAGAGCAUUCGGACUACAAUGAACUAUCUUUUCGAGGGCAGAGCAAUAUCAGGCAUUUUCGAAUUAGGUGACUCUGCAUUGCCUUCCAGCGUUUGAUCUAACUGGCAAGGUGGUAUCUUAUGCUUCCCGAUGGAUUAAGUAACAGCAUGUAUGAUGAACUUAUUGUAUGAUUGGAUUAUUAUCUGCACAUCAUUUGCUUCUGCAGGAUUAACUUUAAUCUUGGCAUCCCGGAAUCUUGUUCAAUAUUGAGUUAUAUGUGGGUUGUUGUGUGAGUUAAUAGUAUGUGAAAGGAGCUCAUCAUGUGGUGUA